AUGAUUCGUAUCGCAUUAUUUGGAAUAUAUAACAUGGUAUCGAAAUACGUAGUCAGAUUAAUUAUAAUGCGUUCAAAAUACAACAUUAGAAACUUUACAGGAGAUUCCAUGGCAACCAAAAUACCCAUUGUUCCUGUUCCACCUGUUCCACCUGUUCCACCUGUUCCCUGUUCUCUGCCUCCUGUCACACAUGUCACUGUCAAACAUCACUAUUGUAUCCUGUCUAACGCCUGUGUUCCAAAUAAUGUAUCCCCGUUGUCCCUUGUGCUUGUAAAACCAUUUAACAUGCGUUCCCUUGGUAACUCUGCCUUUGAACUCCCUUAUAAAACAUUAAUAAUAUCAGCUCAUGUUAUCCUCUGUAUCUAUCUGCGAAAUUAUAUGUGUUCAUUCCCGCUACCCCAAAGAUGUCCCAAACUAAAUAUGGCCGUUCCCAAGCAAACAUUAUUUUCAAAAACAAAUCGCUCGAUUUCCCCCACCUACGAGGCUCUGUUCAAUACACCAAUACUAGAACCAGACUCCAAAGCAAUGACACCAUUAGAGCAGCAUUGGACUAAACGAAAAUGUGGUAGACUCAAAAAUGGGUUACAUGUUUAG